GUCGCUAGGUGAAGUACUACUCGCGCCGCCAGAUAGAAAGAAGCAGGUGUCCAACAUGGCGAUCACAGGCAACGGAUCUCUCGCUACUCUUCUCUUUUUGUUCAUGAUUCCAGCAGCUCUUCAUAAAGGAGCUGCUCAGUACCCAGUCCAGAGUCAGAACCUGGUGACGGACAAUGUGGCGGUGGUGGAGGGCGAGGUGGCUGUCAUCAGCUGCCGGGUGAAGAACAACGAUGACUCGGUCAUCCAGCUCCUCAACCCCAACAGACAGACAAUCUAUUUCAGAGACGUCCGACCCCUGAAAGAUGCCCGCUUCCAGCUGGUCAACUUCUCGGACAAUGAGCUGCGGGUGUCUCUGUCCAACGUGACCCUGUCUGACGAGGGGAGAUACGUGUGCCAGCUGUACACAGACCCCCCACAGGAGGCCUACGCUGACAUCACUGUGCUGAUCCCUCCAGGCAAUCCAAUCAUUGAGUCCCGGGAGGGCCAGGUAAUCGAGGGCAAUGAGACAGAGAUGACCUGCACCGCCAUGGGCAGCAAGCCCGCCGCCACCAUCAGAUGGAUGAAGGGAGACAAAGAGCUCCAAGGUAAGUCGAAGGUGGAGGAGACGUACGACGCCAUGUUCACCGUGACCAGCCAGCUGACGUUCACCGUCACCAAGGAGGACGACGGUGUGCCCGUGGUGUGCAUCGUGGACCACCCAGCCGUCAAAGACGUCCAGGCCCAGACGUACCUGGUGGUACAUUAUAAACCGGAGGUUAAGAUCAUAGUGGAGUUUCCUGACGGGCUGCCAAGGGAAGGACAGAACAUGGAGCUGUCGUGCCAGGCCAAAGGCAAACCCCAUCCCCAGCAAAUCAGCUGGGUGAAGGUAGACGACCACCUGCCCUCACACGCCCUCAUCACCGGCCCGGACCUGUACAUCGAGAACCUCAACAAGACCUACAACGGCACCUACCGCUGCUUCGCUGCCAACUCAGUGGGCGAGUCGUAUGACGACUACAUCCUCUAUGUCUACGAUGCCCCCACCACUACCCCUAUACCCACUACAGCUACCACCACCACUCCCACCACCACCACCAUCUCCCUCCCUGAAGCCACUGCAGACACUACGCCCAGCACUGAACCCGCAGCACACGAUUCCAGAGCUGGAGAGGGAGCACCAAGAGCGGUCGACCAUGCAGUCAUUGGAGGAGUAGUGGCUGUGGUUGUCUUUGCCAUGCUCUGUCUACUCAUCAUUUUGGGACGGUACUUUGCAAGACACAAAGGUACCUACUUCACACAUGAAGCUAAAGGAGCCGACGAUGCAGCAGACGCAGACACGGCCAUUAUCAACGCAGAGGGGGGCCACAACAACUCGGACGAGAAGAAAGAGUACUACAUAUAGAAAUCACAGGGCCCCAAUACUGUCCUCUGUGGGACACCACGCUGUCUUUGGGUUGGGGGAGGGGGGGUUGAGAAUUGGUUGGGUUGGGUUGGGUUGGGUUGGGUAAGGGGGGUAGGAUAGGUUGGUUUUAGGGAUGAUUGCCCGGGGUUGAACAAUGUAUAGUCCAGAGGAAAAGUUUUGUGUGUAUAAGGUGGAAAGAUGGGGAGGGGAGGUUUUUGGUAAGGGAGGGGGGUUUGGGGGUUGCCAGAAAUCACUGUAGAAGAGAGCGUCACCAUGCGACACCUCCCAAAACUGCUGGUACGAAUUGUGUUUAGUUCAACCAUUUGCAGAAAAUUCUGUGCCUUGUUCUGAAUUUAUUUUCUAUUCAUUCUUUAUUCCCC